AUGCACAUGCUUACUCACACUGCUCCCCAACAUGAAGCCGCCGCCGCCUUGGUGAGGUCUCGAUCGGCUUUCUAUCCGCUAGAAAAUCCCAGUGACUGUGGUGAGACCUGCGAGGAGAGCAACCGUGCACUACCACCACUAGCAACCUCAGCUUCUUCGUCCAAGCCGCACGCGUCUAACGAUGCCCUGCUGCCAAACCCGUGGCGUCAACGAACAACGCUAGAUGACUUGGAGGACCGACAGCGCAGAGACCCCCACGGUGUCGCACAGUUCAGGCCUGUCCUGCAAGCCUCCAGGGACUCCUUUAGGAGUCCAUCCAAUGGAUUAAAGCCGCUGCUGGAGCCGUACCUCUGCGCGCAGAACUUGGCCCAAGAAGUGAGGGUGGACACAUGGCACUUACGUCGUGCCCGAUACUUGCAGUGGCUGCGCAAGGGUGCUGCCACGGCGCCGGAGCGGCAGGUAGUUCACGGCGGUCCUUCAUGCCAAGCCGCUUACCUUGGCAUGAAGAUGUCUACUGUGACGAGGCUCGGUAGCGGUGACAACUCCGCGUCUACCACGCGUCGUACUUUCAAAGCGUCUGGCAAGAGCCACCUUGAGAGUCUCCGCACGGGCACAUCCUCCACAACGCAUCCGUCGAUGCCGCUUCUCUCGCCAUCUUCGCAAGCGACGUUACCGGAAGCAAAGGAGUACAACGUCAGCCCUACUCACACCAGCGUAUCCGUGAGGGAAAGGAUCAGCGCUGCGAGCAACACGUCUUUGCUGCUCAGCCGAACAAACCCAAAUGAGCUGGCGGUGCGAUGCCUCUUUCAGGCAGCCCGUAUGGGAGCUGCAGCUGUAGUGGAUAGCAGCGCUGUGGAAACGACGUCUCUCUCAAAGCCUGAUGAGGUGGCGUCAUCUCUCUCUGUGCAAUGCACGAGCGAGAGUCUCCAGCGUUGGCCACAUGCGUCUCUCGUUCACGAGACAACAGGGGGACUCGACAACGGCGGCGGCGCCACGCUUCCCUGUGAGCAUCGAGGUGCUGGUGCGGUGGCAGUAGACAUCAACACAUUCGCAAAGGCUGUCGGCGCCUCCGGUGCUGCCAGCGGCCCCCCUCGGGAUUUGUUCGGUGACUUGUUCACGGAUGACGCCACUUUCGGGCUAUUUGACCUUGGGAAUGAGGCGCGGAGCGAAGAGGAGUGCGCGAACACUUCGAAUUCUACGAUGGCACUGCCACCCGAGUAUGACCUAGUCGACCUUCUGCGCAAUCGAAUGCACCGAGUGAUCGCCACCUUUACCCCCUCCUCAAAGCACACGCUGGAUGAGCCUCCGGUGGUGGCGAAGACGCACACAAUUCUGGGAAAAGCGCGAUUGGCCACCAACACACCCACGCAGGCCCUUCUUGUCAAACUAGUGGAAUCAGAGAGAGCCUCGCGGACAGCAGUCAACGACGAGGCGUUUCCAGCACAGCAGCUCUCGGCCGCAUCUGAGAGCGUUGCGCGAGCGCUGCGGCGACUUCUCUACGAAGAGGAGUACGAGCGCGACCUGCUCCGCCAGCUCGCACUGCAGUCCUCGCCGACGCGUUGGUACUCGACGCUGCUACCCAGCGGCGAAGAAGGCGUUCACUUCCGCCUCGCCAUUCCGCCGACAAUGACCGAUGACAUUGUAAUCCAUGAGCGUCUUCGCAGCGCCAUGUUGCACGCAGCACAGGCGAUUGCACAGCCGCGUUGCAACGCAGUUGCAGCAGAGAAGGCCUGCCGCCACGCAACUCUGCCCGUGUUUAAGAACACAUGUGGGGGCCAGUCCUGGUGCCCGGAGGAACACGCACGACUUAUGGUGGAGAGGGCCGCCAGCGCGAAGGCGCUUCUGUUUCAGCAAUGGACAAGUCUUCACGCGAAGCUCUCCGCCCAGCUCUGCCUCUUCACGGAGGAGGCAGAGCAGCGUCAUAAGCUACUAGGAGAGUUUCUUUCGUGCAAGCAUCCCGCUCCGUGCGUGUGUCUGAUGUGCGAUCUGGAGGUGCUCGCCAUGUCAGCUGUGCAACUGGAGCCUACGGUGAAGCCCGUCUGCUGGUACGUCUCGGUUGUGCUCGGUCGCCACAAGGACGUACUGCAGCAAGAGCUGCUGGUGCAAUACCAGGCAGAGUUCAAUCGUCUCUACGACUUCUUUAGGGUCGAGUUCAGCGCUCUCUACAGCUACAAGAAACUUGUAGCAGAUGAGGGGCGUCGCUUUAGGCAAACGAUCCAGUAUCAUGAGUUUUGCCUCCGUGUGGCAGCGUCACACCAGAAUGGGCAACAGCAGCCGCGCAGCGAAGCCACGUCGCCGGAAGAUGCGUUGAUGCUACGACCCUCGUCCCGUAGCUCCAUUGCAUGCACGCCGGAGCGGACGGCGCUGGCGGAGGUUGUUCUCGACUCUGCGGCAUCAACUCCAAUGCGUGCAAGCUCACUUUAUCGCGGCGACUCGCACAUGUGGCGGCUGCGGCAGCGUCGACUGCGCAACUGCGCUGCCCUCGACUCCCCAUUCUUUUCGUAUCUGCUGUACACAGAGGUGCUGAUCACGGCCACCACCGAGGACGAGGUGCGCACCGUGAUAGUGGUGUCUGAGACAGCCGCGCGCGCCGAGCUGAAGACGCAUAUGCUGGCCGAAGAGUCGUGCUUGCGCCUUCUCGAGAGAGAGUGGCAAAACCGCGCGCGAAUAGUCGCAGAGCAAGACGAAGCGUACAACACCAUGCACGCUGGCCCGCUCGUUGAGCUGCAUGCAGCCCACGUGGCCGAAGUGCAGGCAGUGCAAACCGCCACGUAUGCCAAGUGCUGUAAGGAGGCCCUGCAGAGCUUCGUGGAGGCUGCUGUGGCGGAGAAGUUGGCAGCCGGGAUGGCGGAGUUGAACUGGUAUUGCCCGUUUGUGUGUGAAACGCGGCACCUCGCCUUGACUCUGUUGGUCGUCGACAGCUCUGCCACGCAGUCGAAGGCAUCGUCGCGCAAGUGGCUGGACCGUCAGCAGCACAUGUCACUGUUUAACAGCGAACAGCGACUACGCGACCGCACUGUUCUCGUGGAGGAGGCAGAUGCGCGUGAGUGCAUCACGGCGGCCGCCGAAGUGUCGCUGAGGCAUGCACGCCAGCUGGAGGCUCGUCGAUUGAGUGAGGAGAUGGCAGCCGUGCGGAAGGCUGCACUGCUUGCGGCAGAAGCGGUUCAGCGCGCGCGCGACAAAGAAGAAGCGACCAUACGCGCACAGCUGCAGCGGGAAGAGCGUGCGGCAGAUCCGAGCAAGCGCCCUAGCGCCAACAUGCGACCCGACACAGUGAACUCUUUUUUGGUGAUGACUACAGCGCUCGAGGAAGACUUCGAGGUAUUCUUGCCAAGUCUCAGCAGUGACUCUUGA